UUGUCCAAGGUUUUGACUGCGGCUCACUGUCUCUUUGGUCUACCAGCCACAAGUCUUAGAGUUGGUUUAGGCUGGCACAACAUCACACAGGAGAUGAGUGGCCAUGAACAGACAUUUAAUGUUGCACAAGUUUUCAUUCAUGAGUAAGUCGUCAUUGUUACAAGUUACACUUAAGUUGCACAUUCAGUUACACAAUAAUUUCUGGAUAACAUAUUGUUUUUUAUAAAAUUAUUUCCCUACAUGUGAAAGAGCCAAAACACAAAUUUACGAGUCUUGGACAGCAAAUACAAACUAAAAAGUCAUAGACAAGACAACAAACACAAAAUAGCAAGUCUUGGACAGCAAACACCAACUAAAUAGUCUUAGACAAGACAGCUAACACAAACUAACAAGUCUUAGACAAGACAGCAAGCACAAACUAACAAGUCUUGGACAGCACAUUCAAGCUAACAAGCUUUAGACAGCAAGCACAAACUAACAAGUCUUGGACAGCACAUACAAACUAACAAGUCUUAGACAGCAAACACAAACUAACAAGUCUUAGACAGCCAGCACAAACUAACAAGUCUUAGACAGCCAGCACAAACUAACAAGUCUUAGACAGCCAGCACAAACUAACAAGUCUUAGACAGCCAGCACAAACUAACAAGUCUUGUACAGCAAAUGCAAACUAACAAGUCUUAGACAGCAAAGAUAAAGGCAUAUAAAAAUAUUUCAAUGAAAUGAUCGAAUGUGUCGUUUCAAAACUUAAGGUAAUCAAGAACACGCGUGGCAUCGUUAUUAGUAUCAUUACAGUAAAGAUCUGUAGUAUCAUACAGUAAAGAUCUGUAGUAUCAUGCAGGAAAGAUCUGUAGUAUCAUACAGUAAAGAUCUGUAGUUUCAUGCAGGAAAAAUGUGAUGUAUCAAGCAGAAAAGAUAUGUAGUAUCAUGUAUAAAAUAUGUGUUGUAUCAUGCAGAAAAAAUAUGUAGCAUCAUGCAGGAAUAAUCUGUAGUGUCACGCGGGAAUGAUCUGCCGCGAGCACGUAAUCAGAUGACUUGUGUCAGAGACUUUAAAUGUCGAUGUUAUUCAUUAGAGACUUAAAAUGUCGAUGUUAUUUAUUAGAGACUUUAAAUGUCGAUGUUAUUCAUUAGAGACUUUAAAUGUCGAUGUUAUUUAUUAGAGACUUUAAAUGUCGAUGUUAUUCAUUAGAUACUUAAAAUGUCGAUGUUAUUCAUUAGAGACUUAAAAUGUCGAUGUUAUUCAUUAGAGACUUAAAAUGUCGAUGUUAUUUAUUAGAUACUUAAAAUGUCGAUGUUAUUCAUUAGAGACUUAAAAUGUCGAUGUUAUUUAUUUGAGACUUUGCUGGAAUCAAAACGGUAUUUUUAUGAAAUUGUAAAUUAUUAUCAAAGUUUACUAUCCAUGUCUACUAUCCGUGUUUACUAUCCAUGUUUACUAUCAAAGUUUACUAAUUAUAUCUACUAUCCAUGUUUACUAUCCAUGUUUAUUAUCCAUGUCUACUAUCCGUGUUUACUCAAUAAAAUCGCAAGCUUAAUUUCCUUGUUAAAUUAACGUAUGUAUAACUUAACUUAUAGUUUACACUAUUAAUAGACACAUUAUUAUUGUUAUGUUACCAGAUUAGUACUGUAGCAUACUAAACUACACUUUACACUUGUGCCACAUAUUCUUUACAAAUGAACCUAUACUUAACACUUGUAGUACAUGUACUUUUUACACCUGUAAUAUGAGUACAUAUUAUUUACAUUUGUAGUAGAUGAGUACAUAUACUUUACACUUGUAGUAGAUGAGUACCUAUUCUUUACACUUGUAGUAGAUGAGUACCUAUACUAACAUUUGUAGUAGAUGAGUACCUAUACUUUAGAUGUGUAAUAGAUGAGUAUCUAUAAUAUCAAACUGUAGUAGAUUAAUAACUAUACUUAACAAUUGUAGUAGAUGAGUACCUAUACUUUACAUUUGUAGUAGAUGAGUAAUUAUACUUUACAAUUGUUGUAGAUGAGUACCUAUAAUUUACACUUGUAAUAGUAGAGGAGUAUCUAUACUUUACAAUUGGAGUAGAUGAGUACCUAUUCUUAACAUUUGUAGUAUAGGAGUACCUACACAGUACAAUUGUAGUAGAUGGGUACCACAUUAAUAAAAUAAACAAAUUGACAUUUAUGCCAAAGCAAGCACAAAUAUAUUGAUAAGGGAACGCUUCGCGUUUAAAACUCUUCAAAAUAAAUGGUUUUCUCAAGUUUUAAGUAUACUUUUAGCUACCUCUACAAUAUAUCCAAAUCUUUCUGUUUUUAUACUUUUAGCUACCUUUACAAUAUAUCUAAAUCUUUCUGUUUUUAUACUUUUAGCUACCUCUACAAUAUAUCUAAAUCUUUCUGUUUUUUUAUACUUUUAGCUACCUCUACAAUAUAUCUAAAUCUUUCUGUUUUUUAUACUUUUAGCUACCUCUACAAUAUAUCUAAAUCUUUCUGUUUUUAUACUUUUAGCUACCUUUACAAUAUAUCUAAAUCUUUCUGUUUUUUUAUACUUUUAGCUACCUCUACAAUAUAUCUAAAUCUUUCUGUUUUUUAUACUUUUAGCUACCUCUACAAUAUAUCUAAAUCUUUCUGUUUUUAUACUUUUAGCUACCUUUACAAUAUAUCUAAAUCUGUUUUUAUACUUUUAGCUACCUUUACAAUAUAUCUAAAUCUUUCUGUUUUUAUACUUUUAGCUGCCUUUACAAUAUAUUUAAAUCUUUCUGUUUUUAUACUUUUAGCUACCUUUACAAUAUAUCUAAAUUUUUCUGUUUUUAUACUUUUAGCUACCUUUACAAUAUAUCUAAAUCUUUCUGUUUUUAUACUUUUAGCUACCUUUACAAUAUAUCUAAAUCUUUCUGUUUUUAUACUUGUAGCUACCUUUACAAUAUAUCUAAAUCUUUCUGUUUUUAUACUUUUAGCUACCUUUACAAUAUAUCUAAAUCUUUCUGUUUUUAUACUUUUAGCUACCUUUACAAUAUAUCUAAUCUAACUCUUUCUGUUUAUCCUUUUAGUUGCCUUCACAAUAAAUCAAAAUUACCCCUAAACUAAAUCAGGACCACAUAUCUUUAUGACUGGCUAAGUAUAAUCUUAUUUGUGUUGUUAUUGUGUACGAUUAUAAAACCUGUAUUAUUUCUUUGUACCCACCAAUGAUCUAGUCAGUAUAGACCAUAUACCCCUGGCUUUCCCAACGACAUUGCCAUAGUUACCUUUGAGAACAACGCUACACUCAAUGAGUAUGUGGACGUAGCUGUCCUGCCAACAGAGGAGAUCGCUGGACAGGGCGAGUCGUGCACUGUGUCCGGCUGGGGGCGAACUUCUGGCCUGGGAAUAUCUGCGCAUGUACUUUCUCAGGUAAACAUAAUUUGUGUUAUGUGUGUGAUUAUGUGUUUGGUGUGACUUAAUGUGUCUUUGGUGUGUUAAUAUGUGUUUGAUGUGUGUUUGGAGUGUAUGAAUAUGUGUUUGAUGGGUUAAUGUGUGUUUAAGUGUGUUUAAUGUGUAUGAAUAUGUGUUUGAUGUGUUAUUAUGUGUUUAAUGUGUUAAUAUGUGUCAAUAUGUGUUUGGUGUGUUAAUGUGUGUUUGAUGUGUUAAUGUGUGUUUGAUGUGUUUAUAUGUGUUUGAUGUGUGUUAAUAUGCGUUUGAUGUGUUAAUGUGUGUUUAUGUGUGUUUGAUGUGUUAAUGGGUGUUUGAUAUGUUAAUGUGUGUUUGAUGUAUUAAUAUGUGUCAAUAGGUGUUUGGUCUGUUAAUGUGUGUUUGAUGUGUUAAUGUGUGUUUGAUGUGUUAAUGUGUGUUUGAUGUGUGUUAAUGUGUGUUUGAUGUGUUAAUGUGUGUUUGAUGUGUGUUUGAUGUGUUAAUGUGUGUUUGAUAUGCUAAUGUGUGUUUGAUUUGUUAAUGUGUGUUUGAUUUGUUAAAAAAGUGUGUUAAUGUGUGUUUGAUGUGUUAAUGUGUUUGAUGUGUGUGAAUAUGUUUUUUUACAUGUAGACUACAUUAAAUGAGUCUUGUUGGGUAUGUGUAUAUGUGUGUGUAAAUGUUUGUUUAUUGAUUGCUGAGGUGUGGACAAACGCUUUGCAUCUUCAGAAUCGCUCACCUGAACAGGCAACUUUUAUAAACUCCAUUGUGUAUCUAGAUAUAGUUUAUAUGUGUCCUAAUCAUAGGCAGUCUUCAUUGUGUAUCUAGAUAUAGUUUAUGUGUCCUAAUCAUAGACAGUCUUCAUUGUGUAUCUAGAUAUAGUUUAUAAUGUAUCCUAAUCAUAGGCAGUCUUCAUUGUGUAUCUAGAUAUAGUUUAUAAUGUGUCCUAAUCAUAGACAGUCUUCAUUGUGUAUCUAGAUAUAGUUUAUAAUGUGUCCUAAUCAUAGACAGUCUUCAUUGUGUAUCUAGAUAUAGUUUAUAAUGUAUCCUAAUCAUAGGCAGUCUUCAUUGUGUAUCUAGAUAUAGGUUAUUAUGUGUCCUAAUCAUAGACUGUCUUCAUUGUGUAUCUAGAUAUAGGUUAUAAUGUGUCCUAAUCAUAGACAGUCUUCAUUGUGUAUCUAGAUAUAGGUUAUAAUGUGUCCUAAUCAUAGACUGUCUUCAUUAUGUAUCUAGAUAUAGGUUAUAAUGUGUCCUAAUCAUAGACAGUCUUCAUUGUGUAUCUAGAUAUAGGUUAUAAUGUGUCCUAAUCAUAGGCAGUCUUCAUUGUGUAUCUAGAUAUAGGUUAUAAUGUGUCCAAAUCAUAGACAGUCUUCAGUGUCAUUAGAGUCCCUGGAGUGGGUGUGGGCAUAAAAUAAGACACAUUAUGUCUCUUCAAUUUUAUUUACUUUUGAUAAUACUGUAAAAUGUGAAUAAACAUUGCAUACAGUUGCGUAGCGAGACAGUGUGCCGCUCUGGGUGGAAUGAUCAUUGCAUACAGUUGCGUAGCGAGACAGUGUGCCGCUCUGGGUGGAAUGAUCAUUGCAUACAGUUGCUAAGCGAGACAGUGUGCCGCUCGGGGUGGAAUCAUCAUUGCAUACAGUUGCUAAGCGAGACAGUGUGCCGCUCGGGGUGGAAUGAUCAUUGCAUACAGUUGCUAAGCGAGACAGUGUGCCUCUCGGGGUGGAGUGCCCCCCCCCCCCUUUUUUUUUUCAUUAGCCACUUUUUCUAUACAACAUCAAAUGGUGGAUUUCAUUAUUCUUACAUUACAUUUAACUGACAUUGUUGACAGUCCACCCUCACAGCCAUCCCCAACGAAGAGUGUGCCAUGCGGUACAAUGGUGUCACUGGUGCACGCGUCUACAGCAGUCAUAUCUGUGUCUAUGAACCGCCUAAAUCUGCGUGUAGUGGUGACAGUGGGGGGCCGGUGGUAUGUAAUGGAUAUCUAACUGGCGUCUCGUCUUGGGGGAGCAGCGCCUGCGAUGGUUCGUAUCCAAGUGUAUAUGUAAAAACUUCUUCUUUCCUUGACUGGAUUAAACAGCACCUGUAG